UUUGCGGUCAAGCACUAAUGUGGUUCACCCAGCUGGAACCAGGCUCAAUAAUUAAUUUUGACGAGUUGUCGGCCGUGUUCCUAAAACAAUAUUCUAUCCUUAUGGAUAAAAUCGUUUCAGAUGCUGACCUUUGGAAUCUAACACAAGGGCCGAAUGAGUCACUUAGAGCUUUCAUUACCAAAUUCAAGGGGGUGCUAUCAAAACUCCCAAGAAUCUCGCAGCAGUCAGCUUUGUCUGCCCUACGAAAAGGUUUGUGGCAUGAUUCAAGGUUCAAAGAGGAUCUAAUACUUCACAAACCGGAUACGAUUCAAGAUGCACUUUUCUGUGCAAACAAUUGGAUGGAAGUAGAAGACGAAAAAGAGAGUUUUGCGAAAAGGAACAAACAAGCGAAACCAGUGGUCACCUUCCCUACCAAAAAGUUUGAGCCUAGGGAGAACCAAGGACCAAAAAAGUUUGGAUCGCAAACCUUCAACAAUACCGUCGGGAAGCAAUUUCAAGGAAAGGCGAGGUCAAACACUUGGGUCCGUGACGAAAGUUUGUAUUGUGACAUCCAUAAGGUAACCGAACACUUAACCAAAGACUGUAGUGUCCUCAAAAAGCAUCUCGAAGAACUAUGGGCCAGUGGAGAUCUUUCCAAAUUCAAGAUAGAAAAUUUCGUGAAGGAAUACCACGAAGCGAAAGAUAACUCCAAAGAUCAGAACAUAAAAAGACCAAGGUUGUCCAAUGAAGAAGAACCUAGGAGUUCGAAGGGAAAAAUCAAUGUAAUCUUUGGAGGUUCCAAACUUUGCCGAGAUACGAUCAGUGCCAUAAAAAAGCAUAGGCGAAAUCUCUCACUCAAGACAAGCCUGGGCGAAGAAGUUGACUUUCAAGGAAAAAAGUUUGACAAUGCAAACGUACAAGGCAAAUAA